AUGGGCGCAAAUAAGCCAUCCGCCAUAGUCAUAUCUGACGACGAGACCGGAACGGACAUCAGCGAACCGCAGAGGCCCAGCAUCAAAGCUCUUGGAAAACGCAAGGUCGACAUCGAUUUCGAAGAGAAGGAGGUAUGGGAUGCCGACUCGGAUCAGGAGCUCCCCAAGAUCAAGAAGCGUAAGACUCCGCGCGCUCCCGCCGCCAAUGGCAAGGCAAAAGGGAAAGGCAAAUCAACUACUCAGACGAAGGGCGGACCGGCCAAGAAGGCCGCCGCUGCAGGCCGCGAUCUCGACGAUGACUACGACAUCGCACAGGUCCCCGACUACCUGAAGGAGCGCCGAAAGAAAUUCGACGAGAAUCGCGAAAAGCUGCGAGAGUCCGGUCUUCUGCUUCCUCCCGACUUCUCGGGCAUUCCGUUUUUCGAUGGCGAUAGAACACCAGGGCUGGAGGAGCGACCCAAGUUCGAGGAGAGCACCAAGAUCAAGCCAUGCCGACCCUACGAAGAUGUUGAGUUGGAAUACUCCGCGGGCGUCAUCCCCGCAUCUAUCGCGCAAUACCUUCGAGACUACCAAAUCGUCGGCGUCAAGUUCUUGCAUAGGCUCUUCGUCUAUCAAAGAGGUGGCAUACUCGGAGAUGACAUGGGUCUCGGCAAGACGGUCCAGGUCGCCAGCUUCCUCACGGCGGCCUUUGGCAAGACUGCCGACGAGCGUGAUCAAAAGCGCAUGAGAAUAAUGAGGGAAUACCCUGAUCUUUGGUACCCGCGGGUGCUGAUCAUUUGCCCGGGCUCCAUCAUCGAGAAUUGGAAGAACGAGCUGAACCGCUGGGGCUGGUGGAAAAUUGACGUCUUCCACGGCGCCGGUAAAGAAGACGUCUUGUCGUCAGCUAGGUCAGGACGCUGCGAGAUCAUGAUCACGACAUACACAACCUACAAAAACCACAUGAGCUUGGUCAACACCGUCAAGUGGGAUGCAGUUGUGGCGGAUGAAUGCCAUCAGAUCAAGGAGAGGAGCUCCGAGAUCACCAAGGCAAUGAACAGCAUCAACGCACUAUGUCGCAUCGGCCUGACGGGUACCGCCAUUCAGAACAAGUACGAAGAACUGUGGACGCUCCUCAACUGGACAAAUCCAGGCCACUUUGGCACGCUCGCGGAAUGGAAUCACACCAUUACCAAACCGCUGACACGGGGCCAGUCCCACGAUGCAACGCUCUAUCAGCUGAGAGACGCCCGUGUCACUGCGAGGAAGCUCGUCGACAACCUGCUCCCCGGUUUCUUCCUCCGCCGAAUGAAGACUUUAAUUGCUGAUCAGCUCCCCAAGAAGAGCGAUCGAGUCGUCUUCUGCCCCCUCACAGACAGCCAGCAGGAAGCGUACAUGAACUUCAUCAGUAGGCCUGAAGUGGAGCUUCUUCGUACGCUUUCUGAACCUUGCGCGUGCGGAUCAGGUACGGGCCAGGGCUGGUGCUGUAAGAAAACACUCGAGGACGGAACCACAUGGCAGUCGAUCAUCUUUCCGUGCGUCACAACUCUUCAGAAGCUGUCGAACCACCUGACUCUGCUGAUCCCUUCGGGCACUGAUCUCGAGGACAAACAAAAACGAGAGAUGCGCACACUGCAGACAUGUUGUCCUGAUACGUGGAAGCAUCUGUACGAAAACAGAGACGCGAUCGUCAAUCUGGCGAACCCGGAGUUCUGCGGCAAGUGGAAGGUCCUCAAGAAGCUUCUCAAGUUCUGGCACGGCAACGGAGACAAAGUCCUCGUCUUCUCGCACAGCGUCCGUCUUCUGCGCAUCCUCCAGCACCUUUUCCACAACACUAGCUACAGCGUCACCUACCUCGACGGCUCGCUGACCUACGAAGACCGCCAAAAGGCCGUGGACGACUUCAACUCCGAUCCGACGCAGUUCGUCUUCCUGAUCUCUACCAAGGCCGGUGGCGUCGGACUCAACAUCACCUCCGCCAACAAGGUCGUCAUCGUCGAUCCUCACUGGAACCCGUCCUAUGACCUCCAAGCUCAAGACCGUGCGUACCGAAUCGGACAAGUCCGCGAUGUCGACGUCUUCCGCCUCGUCUCCUCCGGCACCAUCGAGGAGAUCGUCUACGCCAGACAGAUCUACAAGCAGCAGCAGGCCAACAUUGGCUACACAGCCUCCUCCGAGCGCCGCUACUUCAAGGGCGUCCAGCAAGACACCGAACGCAAGGGCGAGAUCUUCGGUCUCGAAAACCUCUUCACGUACCGCGAGAACCAACUCGUCAUCCGCGACAUCGUCAACAAAACGAACAUCGCCGAAGCGAGAGCCGGAACCGGCAUCACGGUGACCGACGUCGACCUGGAGAAGCUGGUCAAGGAAGAAAAGCUCGCCGGCGCCGUCAAGCAGGAACCCACGGACGCCGAAGACGGCGGCGCCAGCCAGCUCGCCGCCAUCCUCACCGCAAAAAACCAAAAGGCCCACCUCGACUCCGCCCCCCAGCCCAAGAGCGACGCCGUCCAGGCCAUCCUCUCCGCCGCCGGCGUCGAGUACACCCACGAGAACUCCGAGGUCAUCGGCACCUCCAAGAUCGAGGAGCAGCUCUCCCGCCGGGCCGCCAUGGCCGCGGGCUCCCCCGACGCCGACGACCCCGGGGCGGGCGACGGCGCCCUCUUCGCCGACGAUCAGGUGUUUGACGCGCAGGCGCAGAAGCUCAGGGGGUUCCCCUACGUCUACAACCCGCCCCGGGACGUCAUGCGCAGGCAGUUCUGCUCCAUGGCCAGGGAGUUCGGGUUUAAGUCCUCGACCGAGUUCGCGCUCGUCGUGGGCAGCUGGACCCAGGCGCAGAGGCGGAACUGCCUCGAGACGUUUUACAAGAUUCGCGAGGGGAAGUUGUUGGCGGAGGAGACGGUCAAGGCGGAGGAGGAUGCCGUCAAGGAGGAAGUGAAGAAUGAGGAGAAGGUGAAGGUGGAGGACGUGGUUGAUCCGGAUGCCGAGACGGAGGAUGAGACGGCGGAUGAGGAUGGUGAUAUUAGAGGGGAGGUUAAGAAGGAAGAGAUUGGUAAGGUUGAGGGGAUCGUUAAGACUGCGACGGAUGGAGCGGCUGCGACGUCCACCAAGACGUCGAUUUUCAUUUACGAUACCGACGAUGAUGAUGAGCUUUGA